AUGGCGAUGCGUUAUGUUAUGAAUCCAGUCGGCCUGAUGAAUACCAUCAAGUCAUCGAUCCGUACAGUGAGUGUUGCUGCACGUGAGGUACUCAGCUCGUUGCCCGAUUCAGAAAUCAGUUCACUCAAAAAUGGAUUUCGUACCGCAUCCGAAUCAAAUGCGCGUCCAACUGCUACGGUUGGCGUUUGGAUCGACGCAGGGAGUCGUUUCGAGACGGAGGAAAACAAUGGAGUUGCGAAUUUUUUCGAGCAUAUGCUCUACAAGGGAACGGCGAAAAAAUCAAAAACUGAAUUAGAGAAGCAAUUGGAAAGCAUUGGUGCACGUUUGAAUUCGUACACAUCAAGAGAACAUACCGCUCUCUUCGCACAGUGCUUAUCGAAAGAUGUUGAUCAAGUGGUUGCCUUGAUAGCAGAUAUGAUUCGAAAUUGUAAGUUGGACGAAGCGACCAUUGAAAAGGAACGAUCAGUAAUAUUAAAAAAACUGGAAGAAGCGGAAGAUGAUUAUGAAGGUGUUGUUUUCACAAAUCUUCAUUCGGCAGCAUUUCAAGGGACACCACUGGCGAAGUCGAUCACUGGACAAACAGAAGUGAUCAAAUCGAUAAAUGGAAAAAUGUUAAAAGAUUUUGUCGAAGAUAGCUAUAAGCCCAUUCGUAUGGUACUUGCUGGAGUGGGUGGUGUAGAGCACGCGCAUUUGGCUGAGUUGUCCGAGAAAUAUUUUGGUGACAUGUCAAAUGAUUAUUCUCGCAAAAUGCCUGGUGCGAGUGGAACUAGAUUCACUGGAUCUGAGAUUCGUUACCGUGACGACAACAUCCCGUUAAUGUAUGGUGCGAUUGCUGUGGAAGGUGUGAGCCGGUCUCACCCAGACUAUCUUCCGCUUGAAGUUGCAAAUACGUUCAUUGGAAGUUGGGAUCGUACAUAUGGAUCAUCCGUGAAUGCACCAUUGCGCUUAGCCCAAAAACUAUCGUUGGCGAACGAUUUGCACCUGUACAGAUCGUUUUCGAUGAAUUACAAAGACACUGGAUUGUUCGGUAUUUACUUCGUAGUGGAUGGAAACGACCACAAUGAAACAUUGAAAGUGGUUAAAACUGUACAGAAAGAAUGGAAACAUCUGGCAUCGGGUGUGACUGAGGAUGAGGUGGAUCGAGUGAAGAAUAUGUUGAAGACGAAUGUAUUCCAGUCAUUCGAAUCGAAUGCGAAACGAGUGGAUGAUAUUGCGAAACAGGUUUUGGAUACCGGUAAGAUUGAGUCGAUGGCGAGCUUAGAACGAGACAUUGAGAGUAUUGACAAGUCACUGGUACGUGAAGCUGUGAGUAGGCAUGUUUACGACAGGGAUAUCGUCUGUUCGGGAGUUGGUAAGGGCUUAGAUAAUGGCUUGUUGGAAUGCUUGGCUUUUUGA